AUGGAAUCCAGUACUUCCAAAUUAAUCGGUGCAAGAAGGUUGGAAGGGAUGUAUGAAAAUGUCUGGGUAGAAUUUGCCGGAUUAGCCAGACAGUACCAGCCAGUUAAUUUAGGCCAGGGCUUUCCAGAUCUUCCUGUCCCUCCCUUUCUGAGAGACUCCAUGAUGAAAGCUAUACAAAGUAGUGACAUGAACCAUCAAUAUACCCGUGGUUGGGGCCAUCCAAAGCUUAUUAAUGCUCUUGCUAAGCUGUAUGGACCUUUACUUGGGCGUAAAUUAGAUCCAGAAUCUGAGAUUCUAGUUACCGUUGGAGCGUAUGAGUCACUUUAUUGCUGUGCUAUGGGACUUAUUAAUGAAGGAGAUGAGGUUAUUCUUAUUGAACCUUUCUUUGAUUGUUACGUUCCAUUUGCUAAAAUGGCUGGUGCAAAAACAGUUUGUGUCUCGUUAAGAGCGAAGGAAGACGCAAAAUCUUCAGCUGACUUUUGCUGGGAUGAGAAUGAAAUAAGGAAUGCUUUUAAUGCUAAGACUAAGUGCAUCCUUCUUAAUACUCCUCAUAAUCCUACUGGAAAGGUGUUCUCAAGGAAAGAGUUAGAGUUGAUUGCUGAGCUAUGUAUUAAACAUGACGUGAUUUGUAUUACGGAUGAAGUUUAUGAAUGGUUGAUUUACUCUGGCUCUGAACAUACCAGGAUAGCAACACUUCCUGGAAUGUAUGAUCGAACAAUAACAGUUGGCAGUGCGGGUAAAACUUUCAGUGUCACCGGAUGGAAAGUCGGCUGGUCUAUGGGGCCGUCGAAUUUGAUCAAACAUUUACGAGUUGUUCAUACGAAUAGUAUAUAUCAUUGUUCAACAAUAACUCAGGAAGCCGUUGCUAAUGCAAUAGAGACUGAAAGCGAAAGGCUAGGAGAUAAAAAUUGUUACUUUCGUCAGUUGCCUAAAAUGUUGGAGAGAAAACGUGAUAAAAUGGCCGUUCUCUUAAAAUCUAUCGGUGUUGUACCUAUUAUUCCUGAAGGUGGUUAUUUUAUGAUGGCAGACGUGUCACCACUCGGUAUUAAAUUUAACGAUGGAGACGAUACAUCGCCGUACGAUUACAAGUUUUCACGGUGGCUAAUUAAACAAAAGGGAAUCGCUUGCAUCCCACCCAGCGCUUUUUAUUCCAAGGAACAUAAGGAUCUUUCAAAGAAAUUUAUUCGAUUUUGUUUCAUAAAGAAUGACACAACGAUGACGAUGGCGGAAGAAAAAUUUAACGAAUGGGCCCGAUCUUUAAAGAAAUAA